AUCUGAGCGUUGAAGUGAUAUUGUUAUGAAUUACUAUGAAAGUUACGAUUUAUAGGUGUGUACGGUGGUUAGUGAAAUGUUGUCGUUUUUUAAAAUGCGAACUAUGAAAUUAUUAAAAAGAAUCUGAAAAGACUGCAAGUAUUAUUGAUUUUUUUUUCGUUUUCGAGUAAUUUUCAAUGUGUUUUUUAAAAAUACCUUUAAAAUUCAUGUUGUAAACACUAAUAAAUAACGUAACAAUUGUUUGUUUGCAAAACAUAACCAAGAAAAUCGUGAAAAUGUUACCUCAACAAUAUUGUUUGCGAUGGAGAUACCAUCAUUCGAAUCUACAAACAAUGUUUUCUCAACUUUUGGAACGUGAAGCAUUCUGUGAUGUUACUUUAGCAUGUGAAGGGAGAACAAUAAAAGCCCACAAAAUUGUUUUAUCAGCCUGUAGUACAUAUUUUGAAACCAUCUUAUCCCAGUAUGAAGAAAAGGACCCAAUCCUUAUCAUGAAAGAUGUAAAAUACAUAGAUAUUAAAUGUUUAGUAGAAUUUAUGUAUAAAGGAGAAAUCAAUGUUGAACAUUGUCAUCUAGCUACGUUAUUGAAAACUGCAGAAGAACUUAGGAUAAAAGGUUUAGCGGAAGUUUCGUGGCGAGAUGAAGAGCAACCAAAUAAUAAUGAGACCAACUCCAAUGGUGUACAAACAGCAAUACCCCAAGUACAGACUGUCAUGCCCAACAGCCCUACCCCUUCGACAAAAAGAAAAAGAGGACGACCGCCCAUUGAUGACUACGACCAAACAUUCACCACUCCUAAAAUUGCUUCAGUAUCUGGAGGUAUGAAUCAAGAAGAUGCCUAUUCGAAUGAUGCGAUGUCUAGCAGCGAACAUGACUUAAACAUAUGGGACGAAGAUCAAUCCGCAAAUGAAGGAGCAGACAAUACCGAAACAGAUGACCCUCCAGUUAAGGUUAAGAAAGAGUCACACGACUAUGAUGACAUCGGAGUGGAUGAACAAAGUAACACAUCCGCGAACGAAUCAAAAGAAAAAUUAAAUAUAAAUCUCCAGGUGAAAACUUCCAACACCACAAAUUCCAAUGUUACGACAUCUGGAAACCCAUCAUUCCUUACCCCCGCUUUAGAAAAAGAAUGGCCUGACGUUAUCAAAAUGAACGACUACUUGAACACGGGUAGGCGACAACAGUUCUGGGAAGAACCGUUUACGAAGCGAGUAAUGGACGCCAUUAAAACGAAAAAUCUCGAGAUGAAAGUUGCAGCUGAACUGUUAGGUGUAUCGUAUGGAACGCUGUAUGGGCGGUAUAGAGAUUCAUAUGGUUGUUUAAAACAUCCUUACAGGGUACGUGACUUUUGGACAGAGCAGGGAUUCACGGAUAUCAUAUUGAAGCUGAAACGUAAAGAAGUUACGUUGUUCCGGGCGGCAGAACAAUUGAACGUGACUCCACAGACUCUUUCCAAUUAUUUAAUAUCCAUGUCGCAGAUGGAUACGGCCGAUGCGAAUUCGAGUCGACAGUCUAACGCAGGGGAGUCGUAUGAAGACUCGGAUGACGACGGUGAUUCGAUUUUGCCGGAUGCCCCUUCCAAUAAUUCGCAUUUGUUUAAGAAUUUAGUAUCGGGCAGUGCAACUGGUGCAAAUUGCCCAGAUAUCACCAUAGUGAAGAGGGAGAGAAACGACGAUAGCAAAAUCAACAAUAAUUCAGAUCAUUCCGAGAGCAGCAGCGAUCAAGUCAAAUGAGAACAAGUCUCGUUUGUCGCUUAAUAAAAAUUUCCACUUAUUAGUAUUUUGUAAAGACCAAAGUAAUUUUGUACUGUAUUUAGUUGUAUAGUUAGAAGGCUUCAUGGGAAAACAGCAUAACACAAAUUGGCACAGUCAGCAGGAUUAUGUACCACUCAGUGAUGCAUGUUGUAUCAUUCGGCGAUGUAUGAUAUAACUAAUAAAUGUUUUUGUGUAUGAACUUAGUGAUAAACAAAAUGCUCUCUCUUAGAAAUUGUAUUGACCUAACCAGUGAUUGUACAUAAUAUGAAAAUAUUCAACAAUAUCUCAAUUCAUUUCUUCUUCAAUAUAUUAUAUCUUUAGUUUUAACUAUGAUCCAGUUUCAUAUCAAUUCUUGGUAUAACAGAAUGGUGCUUUCGUUCGCAAUUUUUAUUUUUUUGUUGUAUUAUAUUUUAUUAAAAAAAUUUAAUUUUUGAUAAAUAAAAUUAUUGUAAAUUUGAAUGAGUUGUAAGUAAAGUACGUCUAGAAAGUAUAGGAAUUUAAAAAUAUUGAUAAAAAUAAUUUACUAAUGCACAGGCCACUGAUCCUUAUUCACCUUUGGUACAGCUUUCAAACUUUUAUCAUAGGAAGAUGAGUUGUCUCUUUCUUGAUAUUUCUUGUUCUAGGUUUGAUCUUUACAGGGUAGAAUUGUUUAGCUCUAUGACUAACCACUCAAUCUGUAGGAAUGAUGAUUUUUUUAUUAAGUUUGCUAUGCCUUGUCCGUGAGGUUCAUCGUAUGUCGAUUAGGUUCGUUAGCAUUUAUUGACAGAAGCUACUGCUAUCAAAACUCCAAUUACCGUUCAUUCCUCUUCUAUUAUUCUUAGUUAUAAGAUAUUAAAUCGGGCGUGGUUUUUUAAUCACCACACAUAAGGAUACAAAAGAUGGACCAUUUACCACUCUAUCAUCAACGUAGAUAUCAAUGCAGAAACGUCGCUCUUACAAGAAAAUUACAUUUCUGUCCCACAGAUCACGAUAUUAACGUGCAGAAUCUAUUUCUGCUUAGUAUCUGUAAAUUAUUGCCCACCAGGUUAGCGGCAAGCUCCCCCGAAGUCAAGAAAUUGUCGGAUUAACGAAUCCUCCGAAUUUGAUAUUUUUCUCUGUGGCUCAGCUGCACCAGUCCGAUCAAAUUAUUACCGUAUCUUGCCUUUCAAUUCGCUAUUUGACUAUGUAUAGAGACGAUAUCCAAAAACUCUAUUAUAUCUAAUGAAACAACUAAUAUAGCAGGAAGGUAAAUUACAGCGUAUACCUUAUUGAAUUGUGGGCAUUAGUAAACAUUAUUUAUUUAGACGCGAUAAAACCCAAUACAAAAAUGAAAAAUCUUACUGUCCAUAGAUCCUCUGCUCAUAGUUUCUGUCAUAACAAUUUCAGAAAUAUAUUGUUGUAGUUCAGAAGGUAGAUGCUAUGCAUAUAAUACUGCAACAAAGAACUGUAAGUUGCCUACAUUUGGCGUAACUCAGUAAAAUCAGUUUACUAACCUAAAAAAUUAAUUUUAAAACUUUCUAUAUUUAAUUUUUUUAUUGAAUAUACGUUCUUUGUUUACUAAAACAAUAAAUUUCACAUAAAAAUUGGCUUUAUUCCAUAUCCAAGAUGACGUUGCAGUGUUUUUUAAUAAUAUUGGGUUGUUGGAAGAGUAACAAUCAUGUAGAAAGGCUAAAAGUGAUUACAGUUUAGGCAAUUUUUGUCCGCCAGAUGUUGGGUCGUAUAAAACACAACUAAUAAACCAGAACUUGUUCCAUGCAUUUUAUAAAUUCCAACACUUCUCGAACAUUAUUUUCGUAUGUUCAAUAGACAUCGUUGUACUACACAAUUUAUUGAUGAUUUUCUGAUACCUUGAACGCAUUUCAAUUGACAUAAGGCACAAAAUUUACAAUCAAAAUAAAAUUGAAAAUAUUUUCUAGACGUACUACACAUUCUAAGUUGCAUUUGACGCCCAAUUUUGUUGGAAAAAAGUCAUACAUUUUUAUUGAUAUAGUUGACAUUCCCCCGCUGUACAUAUUUUUUUGCGUUGAGCUGUUUUGCCAUCAGGCCGAUUUAGAAGGAAGUGUCUCUUCAGCUGAAUACGAAAUAUAAAAUUGAAGUAGUGAUAUGGUGAAUACCAAAAUAAUUUUUGUAAAUUACGAAAUUGCGCAGCUGCGUUAGAGGGAUCAAUCAAUUUCGCUGUCUUGUUUCCAUUAUCGGUCAUUCCAUUGUGACAGGGAUGAUAUUUGCAGUUCCAAGUUAUAUUAGUUUCUUGGACAUAUUUAUUAUUUUUUAUUGUAAUUUACGCUGUUGGUUUGUUUCCAAAAAAUUAGAUGUGCCAACUAUAAAGACUAUUUCCGUAAUUAUUAAUAGACCACAUGUUUUAAUAAUUACGGAAACACACAAAUCAUGUAUCUCUACUGUAUGCGACGGAUGUGGCACGUUGUAAUAUUAACAAUUUGCAAUUGAAAUUAUUUCAGUUAAAAGUUUUCAUUAGACAUCGAAUAAUAUAAUAUUCUAAUGAAAUUUGUAACUUACAAUAAAUAAUUAUCACUAUAUACGUGGAAUGGCCGACAUCUUUAUCUGAUACGUUCUUGAACCAAUGCGGUGUAUUGUAUACACACACCUUGUUGAUAUAUUUAGAUUUCACCCCAUAAGAUCUUUGAUAGCUUUAUAUUAUAGUAUUCAGUUUCCAAAACUUAUCGUGAUUAAUUUGAUGCUAGUUAUAUAGUAUAAGUGAAACAUUCAGUAUAUGCGUUAUUUAGAAAUGUGAUUUAGAAAGCACUGUGGGGAUUACAUGAAAUUAUUUCUCUGUAAAAACUGAAUAAAUUAAAUAUUUAAAAGAAAAUUCAGGACACAUCGCACAAAUUCAUAGCUGUAAAUAUACACAGUGGAUGACUCAUAGAUUAAACUUGUAUGGUAAUAU